AUGCCCGCAAAAUCGCGAUUCACGAGGCUCGAUGCCUUCGCAAAGACCGUCGAAGAUGCGCGUAUUCGCACAAACUCCGGUGGUAUCAUCACAAUUGCCUCGCUCUUGGUAGUCUUAUGGCUGGUUUGGGGAGAAUGGGCCGAUUACCGAAGGGUGGUGGUUCACCCAGAGCUUAUUGUUGACAAGUCGAGAGGCGAGCGAAUGGAGAUCCAUCUGAACAUGACUUUCCCCAGAUUGCCCUGCCAGCUCCUUACUCUAGAUGUGAUGGAUGUGUCGGGUGAGCAACAAGUGGGAGUAGCACAUGGCGUGAACAAGGUGCGCUUGACACCUGCCGCACAGGGUGGACAAGUCAUUGAAGUCCAAUCCUUGGAUUUGCAUUCCCCCGCGGACGCCGCCGCCCACCUCGACCCAAACUAUUGUGGUGAAUGUUAUGGAGCACCAGCUCCCGAGAACGCGAUCAAGCCCGGCUGCUGCAGUACUUGCGAUGAAGUGCGCGAGGCAUAUGCCUCGAAACAAUGGGCCUUCGGUAUCGGCGAGAAUGUCGAGCAGUGCACCCGCGAAGGAUACGGCGAGAAGCUGCAAGCUCAGCGACGCGAGGGCUGCCGCAUUGAAGGUGUCCUCCGAGUGAACAAGGUAGUGGGCAACUUCCACAUUGCGCCUGGUCGCAGCUUUACAAACAUGAACAUGCACGCCCACGACCUGGAAAACUACUUCCUACCCGGCACUGCGCCAGAAGACAUGCACACCAUGACCCAUCAAAUCCACGAGCUCCGAUUCGGUCCUCAGCUGCCUGCUGAGCUGGCUGAUAGAUGGCAAUGGACUGAUCACCACCACACCAAUCCGCUCGACGGUACUGAGCAGAAGACCGACGAGCCUGCUUACAAUUUCAUGUACUUCCUCAAGGUGGUCUCGACUUCCUAUCUUCCUCUUGGCUGGGACCCUACCUUCUCAUCUGCUAUCCACAGCGCCUACGACAAAGCGCCCCUGGGCUCGCACGGCCUCGCCUACGGCGCCCAAGGAAGUAUCGAGGCGCAUCAGUAUUCCGUAACUUCGCACAAGCGAUCUUUGGCCGGUGGUAACGAUGCUGCUGAGGGCCACAAGGAACGCAUGCAUGCCGCCGGCGGUAUUCCCGGGGUCUUCUUCAACUACGAUAUCUCGCCCAUGAAAGUCAUCAACCGUGAGACCCGGCCCAAGACCUUCACGAAUUUCCUCACUGGAAUUUGCGCUAUUAUUGGAGGUACCCUCACUGUUGCCGCUGCUAUUGACCGGGGUCUCUACGAGGGUAGCUUGCGCAUCAAAAAGCUCCACUCUAACUGA